AUGGCUGGUGUUGCCGGAGGGUACUCCUUGUUUGGGUUCUUGAAGAAGGAUGCAUAUAACUAUGCUGACAAGGCGAGGUGGGCAAAAAUAGUGGAUGGUGAUGCAAAUGCAGCCCUAGUAUAUCUUGAAGGAAAGGAUGAUUCGGACUCGAUGUCAGUUGCAAGGUACAACAUGAUUGCCGACGAAAGGCUGGGGAAUUUGAUAUGGGCUGAUGGUGCAAGCCGAUCGGACUACCAAUACUUUGGCAAUGUGUUAGUCUUCGACUCUACUUACAGGAAAAACAAGUACAAGAGGCCCGUUGUUAUUUUCUUUGGUGUAAAUAACCACAAGCAAACGACAAUUUUUGGGUUUGGGUUAUUAAUGGAUGAAAGUGUUUCCUUGUAUCGUUGGAUGUUAGAGAAUCUUUUAGAGGUGAUGUGUCGGAAGAAGCCGUUGGUAGUUAUAAUAGAUGGAGAUAUAGCGAUGAUUAAGGCUGUCAAGGAAGUUUUACCUGAAGCGAUACACCGGUUGUGUGCAUGGCAUGUAGAGAGGAAUGUUACCUCCAACAUGAAGGACGAGAAUUUGAAGGUCUUAUUCAAGCGGUGGCUGUACUCGGAGAUGGAGAUUGCCGAAUUUGAGGCGGAUUGGGAGGAUGUGCUUGAGGAGUUUGGGCUGAAGGAUAGUUUGUGGGCCAACCAAAUGCAUGAGAAGAGAAAAAUGUGGGCAAAUGCGUACCUGUCCGACAAGUUUUGUGCGGGAUUUCUAACGACAUCACGCUGUGAGGGGAUUAAUGCAUUCGUCAACAAGUUCUCCAAGUCAACCCACAGUAUACUUGAGAUGAGCCAGAACUUGGAACUAGCAGUACGCGAAUAUAGAAACAAGGAAAUUCUCCUCCAAUUCAACUGCAUACACACUGUGCCUGUGAUGACCACUUGUCUCAAAUCAAUCGAGUCUGUUGCCGCAAGGGUGUAUACGAGGGAGGUGUUUUCGGAUGUAAAGAAGGAAAUAGAAAAGGCUAGAGCUGUUAAUCUAGUGAGGAAAAGGAGACACAUGUUCUUCAUGAUGAAAGCUGAGCACCUUGCAAAGAUUCCAGAACCCUUAGUUCUGAAGCGAUGGAGAUUGGAUGCAGAAUCUUUAGACAAAUAUGUUGAGAAUUGGGAGGAGUCAAGCGAGAGGGGUUACUUACUACGCCAUGGUGCACUAUAUUCUGCAUCACAGUGGCUAUUUUUCCUUGGGUGA